GCUAUCGUAUUAUAGUUGUUUAUAAACGGAAACUGACGGAGUCUUUGCAAUUCGUUAUUCCCCCAGACUCAGAGACCCAAAAUUGUACCCUCCUUCUGCGGCUCCUGCGUUUUUUCCCAAAUUGGAAUAUGGUAGAGCAGAAGAAACCCCAGGGAUUGGAUAGGCCAUUGAAUACCUAAAUUCGUUUGAAUUUGCAAUUUUUAUAGAAGAAUUGCUGCAUUUAAUAUUAUUCUAUUGGGGAAAUUCAACUUUGAGACGGAAACAGUUAAUGGAGGGAAUAACGCAUCCGAUACCCAGAACAGUGGAGGAGGUCUUUCAAGACUUUAAGGGCAGACGUGCCGGUUUGAUCAAGGCCCUCACCAUUGAUGUUGACAAGUUUUACCAGCAGUGCGAUCCCGAGAAGGAGAACUUGUGUCUAUAUGGACUUCCAAAUGAGACAUGGGAAGUUAAUCUGCCUGUUGAGGAAGUGCCUCCUGAGCUUCCUGAGCCAGCAUUAGGUAUAAACUUUGCUAGAGAUGGAAUGCAAGAGAAGGACUGGUUAUCACUGGUUGCAGUUCACAGUGAUUCAUGGUUGCUUGCUGUUGCAUUCUAUUUUGGUGCACGCUUUGGGUUUGGUAAGAACGAAAGGAAGAGGCUUUUUCAAAUGAUAAAUGAUCUCCCUACCAUAUUCGAAGUUGUGACAGGCAAUGUCAAGCAACCAAAGGACCAGUCUGCUACUCAUAACAGUAGCAAAAGCAAAUCAAGUGGGAAGAUGUCCCGGCAAUCUGAGCCCCAGGCCAAGGGAGCGAAGACAUCUCCUCCACCCAACAAAGAAGAAGAUGAGAGUGGGGAAGAAGAAGAAGAUGAUGAACAGGGUGCAACUUGCGGGGCCUGCGGGGAUAACUAUGGUACUGACGAGUUCUGGAUUUGCUGUGAUGUGUGCGAGAGAUGGUUCCAUGGAAAAUGUGUAAAAAUUACACCUGCAAAGGCUGAGCAUAUCAAGCAGUACAAGUGCCCAAGUUGCAGUAACAAGAGGGCUAGAGUUUAAAUCUAGGUUCUGAAUUUCCAGACUAAUACUCAUCAAAGCUGAAAAGGUUUAGACCUAUGCCAUUAGACUUUGCUGAAAGACAGUCGGUAUCUUGUUUUAGUUGAUGAAUUUGGAUGACUGCAGAUGAAUUUCGGAUUUGAAGUGUUUGCUACUUUUGGUACCCGAUCUGUCUCAUUUAAACAGGAAUUAUGUUUUUAGAUGGGUAAUGGCAACAAGGAAUAUUAUAUCUGCAA